GGCGGCCUUCUCCCUGCCACGCCCACCCGCCUGCGACGGAGGUGGGAGGGGGGCGUCUCUUGCUCAAUGCAGGCUCUUGGCACGCGAACGGGUUUGCGCUUUUCGUUGCAUGAGAGGGAGGGGGGGAGAAAGGGGGGGUCGCAAGAACACAAUCCUCAUUCUUUCCCCUCCCCUUUUUUCCCUUGCAAGCAACAAAAGGUCUUGUCUCCGCUAUCCUCCGCUCCCUACUUGAGACGGGAGGAGGAGGUGGCAGGCGUGGGUAAAUAGAUCCCCCACCUCCGCCCAUUCUAUUCUAUACAGUUCGCGAUCCGUGAGCCGGAUCCCCACCCCGAUAAUAUCAAAAGAAGUGGGAGAGGGGCGGUGGUGGAGCGCUAGAUCAUCGGUUUCUCCCCAGAUUUCGAACCCGGCGAAGCAAUGCAAACCCCGUUCCUUUCAGGGCAGAAGAAGAGCCGCUCGAAGCGGGGAGCGCCCGGUCCUCCUUGAAAAAGGAUCGAUCGGGCACCUCUCCCUCCGAUCGGUAUCAAAUACGAAGGGGGGAAGAGGUCUUUCGCCUUUCCGAACUACCUCGACUCCCCCUCAGAAGAGAAAGGGAGCGGUUCGGGAACAGGGACGGCGCUAUCUUCCCGCGGAGAGGCGGAGGGACAAGAGAGCAUCUGUCCUCGGCGCUCCGGUCCUACCCCAAGGUGGGGCGAUAUAACCGGCGUUUUCCAGGGCUUGCCAAUCUUGCGGGAACAGAUGCAUGAAGUGUACCAGUGUUUGCUUACCAUGAACCGUUCCUGUGUAAAGCAAGAUAUAUAUAGGUUUUCCUGCCAUCCCGAUGCCGAAACCCUUAACAUGCUAAAAUUCAAGAUUGCCCAAAAGUGCUUGGAGGCAUUUGUGGUUUAACCCAGUCUUUUCCAAUGUGAGGUUUCCCAGAUGCAGUAGGAUUUCUCCUCACAGCAUUACCAACUUGUGGAAGCCGAACCUCAUCACAUCUGGAGGACAACAGAUUUUUACAGAAAUGUACAGAAAAAGAGGUAUAGCCCUUAAAACCUGGCUGUUCUGAGAGGCCUGGGGCUAAAGACUCGCUGCCCCACUUCGAAUGGAUUCAGAGCAGACUGAAUUCAUUGAAGACUGGAAAGGAAUUUAUUUGUACUGCUGAACUGAACACAUCCCUUUUCCAAUUAUUGUUUUUGGCUCAUAAGGGAAGAGAAAACAUUUUAGAAGAUAAAGAAGAUGCCCAGUGAAAGAGUUCAGAGUAACUGUGGGCCAGAAGCCCACAUUUCUGGGGAGAGCAAGAACAAGGGGCAGAGCUCUCCUUGCAAUUCCUUACAUAGAGCUGUGGCUACAGCUGUGACCUUCGAGGGAGAAGUCAGCACUGAAAAAAGAAAAAAGAGGAGGAAAGAGUCCAGGCCAGAAUCAAUCAUCGUUUAUCGGUCAGGGACGGAAAACAAGGUGGAAGAACAGGCAGAAGAGGAUGGGGGUGAGAAAACUUCCGAGGAAGGCUCCAAAUUUUUGGGACAUACUCUAGGAGAUGGUUCCUGGGCUAUACCUUUAGAUAGCAGGUAUGUUACUUUAACUGGAACCAUCACAAGGGGAAAGAAGAAAGGACAGAUGGUCGACAUCCAUGUUACACUCACCGACAAAGAGCUGCAAGAACUGGCUCGGUCAAAGGAGCUUCCAAAAACAGAAAUGCCUCAAACGAAGAAGGCUUGUGAAGUUGGGAUGGAUAAAGGCCCCCACAUUCUUCUCUGGAGCCUUGCCUGCCUCCCUAUUAUCUUCAUUAUGUCCUUUAUUGUUUCCUUUUACUAUGGGACCAUUACUUGGUACAAUGUCUUCUUGGUGUACAACGAAGAGAGGACCUUUUGGCACAAAAUCACCUUCUGCCCAUUUCUGAUUAUCUUCUAUCCUAUCUUCAUCAUGGUGGUUUCUUUCUCUCUGGGCGUUUAUACAGCAAUAACUCAAGUCUCCUGGGCCUUUGGAGAUUGGUGGCAUGCGGUGAGGGAUAUGGAGAAAGGAUUUUGUGGCUGGCUCUGUAGCAAGGUGGGCCUGGAAGAUUGCUCUCCAUAUAGCAUUGUCGAGUUGCUAGAUUCAGAUAAUGUCUCAGGGAGUCUGUCAGCCAAAGGUUCAACACAGGGUGAAGAGGUUUCGGCUGUCUGAGUGUUUGCAUUAGGAGAUUAUGAAUAUACACUAACUGAUUGUUUAAAGCAUGCACAGAAACUCUGAUGCCAACUCGAGUGUUUGGAAAUAAGACCACAUAUUGGUCAUUUCUGCAUAGUAUGUCAACAUGAAAUACUCAUUUCCAUUUCUGUGGAAGAUGAUCUUUUUUGUAUGAAGCAGGCAUGGCCUGUAGAAAGAUUCUAGCCCAGCUGAAUUUUCUAUGUCUUGCUAAUAUUGAAUAUGAUGUGCUUUGGAUACAGCCAUAGGCUCCAAGGAAGAGAUGCAUGUUUGAUGCCUAGAAAAUCUCUCUGCACAUCUAAAAAUUAAGAGCAAUUUUUAGCAAGGCUGGGUUGAAGACUUUUCUCUGGUCAGCUUGUUUCCUGGAUUUUUAUGAGAUCACAUAUUUAAUUCUAGGCUCCUGCCUAGAAUGAAACAAUUCCACCCAUUUUCUACUUGUCUGUAUGAACCAAGGGAAUCCUGAAAUAUCAGUAUGCUGGAGAAGAAUGUCCUAUUCCUUGUUAGAAUGAAUAUGGUUAAUUAGCUUAUGAGUUUAGCUAGUCUGAUCAAUUUCAGUUGGACAGUAUUAAGGAGGAUAAUAGAGCUGGGCUGCAGACAUUUGGCUAACCAUUGGAUUGUAAAAGGUUCCAGAAAAAUGUAUUUCUUUGCUGCCAUCUAGUGUUUUUCUGAAUUGUUAGCAGUCCAGAAGUUAUUGUGAUUGCUUCUGUGGGAAAAGAGUAGUACA